GCUAUCACUACUACGACCCACACUCUCCGUGUACUAUACAAGCCUUCCGGUAUUCUUUUCAAGGCGAUCUCUGUCUACUAUGGCCCAGAGGAUCCGCGAAGCUGAGGGCGUCCUCCGCGACAUACCAAAACCUGGCGAAGUCAUCUUGCCAGUCUCGGGUGAACGCAAUGUCCUUAUUACUUCUGCGUUGCCCUAUUGCAAUAACGUACCACAUCUUGGAAACAUCAUUGGCAGUACGUUGAGUGCAGACGUCUUCGCGAGAUAUAACCGUACUCGAAAUCGGAGAACUCUCUAUAUCUGCGGUACCGACGAAUACGGAACUGCGACCGAGACUCAAGCUCUGAAGGAGGGGCUUACUCCGAAGGAACUGUGCGACAAGUACAAUGCUUUGCACGCAGAGACGUACAAUUGGUUCCAGCUUUCAUUUGACUACUUUGGUCGGACAUCAACGCCUGCGCACACUGAAAUCUGCCAAUCGAUUUAUCUGAAUCUGAAGAAAAAUAAUCUGCUCGAAAAGCAGACCAAGGCCCAAACAUACUGCACAGGCUGCGAAAAGUUCCUGGCUGAUCGCUUCGUUGAGGGAACCUGCCCACAUUGUGGUGCCGACGACGCAAGAGGUGAUCAAUGCGAUUCCUGUGCGAAGACCCUCGACGCUAUCGACCUCAUCAAUCCGCGGUGCCUCGUCAAUAAGGAUCACAAGGUUGUUGCGAAGGAUUCCGCCAACAUGUAUGUCAAGCUCGACACAGUCCAGCCUCAGACUGAGGAGUGGAUCAAGAAGUCGUAUAAGGAGGGCCACUGGUCAUCUAACUCUGUCAUCAAUGCCGACGGAGAGCUCGUCGACUCUCGUCUGAAGAGCGGCCUACGUCCGAGUCCCGUCACGCGAGAUCUAACGUGGGGGGUUCCCGUACCAGUCAGCGAACAAGAUGAGGAUCAGAGCAUGAAGGGCAAAGUCCUGUACGUCUGGUUUGACGCGCCAAUUGGAUAUCCGAGUAUCACUGCCAACUACACCUCGGAUUGGACGCAAUGGUGGCUCAAUCACGAGAAUGUUCGUCUAUUCCAGUUCAUGGGUAAGGACAAUGUCUACUUCCACACCAUCUUCUUUCCCGCAAUACAACUCGGUGACGGUCGCCCAUGGACCAUGCUUCACCAUCUUUCGACAACUGAGUAUCUGAACUACGAGGGUGGCAAGUUCUCGAAGAGUCGCAACCGCGGCGUAUUCGGUCCUGCAGCUAAGGAGACUGGCAUGCCCGUCUCUGUCUGGAGGUAUUACCUUAUCUCCACAAGACCCGAGACUGCAGAUUCCAUGUUCUCGUGGGCUGAUUGUAUUGCUGUGAACAACAAUAUCUUACUGAACAACUUCGGAAACUUCGUCAACCGGGCGCUGAAGUUCGUCUCUGCCGUCUUCGACGGAGUUAUUCCUGACAGCGAGGACGCUCCCGGCCCAUACUCCACCGACGACCAGGUUGACGCCGAGUUCUUUAAAGACGUCAACAGCCUUCUGAAGGAGUACGUCGACGCCAUGGAGUAUGCCAAGCUCCGUCUUGGUCUCCAGACCGUCAUGGCAGCCUCUGCUCGUGGAAAUGCGUACCUACAAGCCUCCGGACUUAACAAGGCGCUACUCGAGUCCGAUCCCAAGCGCUGCGCCCAAGUUGUCUCUCGCGCCGUCAAUCUCAUCUACGUCCUCUCUGCUCUUGUGCAUCCCUUCAUGCCCGAGACCUCCGACUCGAUUCUCACGCAACUCAACGCGCCCGCUCGCGCCGUGCCAAGUGUGCUCAGCAACGACAUUCUCGCGGGCCACAAGAUUGGCGCGCCUGAGCACCUGUUCAAGCGCAUCGACGACAAGAUGGCAGAAGUAUGGCGGGCGAAGUUCGGCGGCAACGAGGCUGCGGCGGAGCCCAAUGCCGACGUCACUCAUGUCGCGCCCGGCAUGUCAAAGCGCAAGGCGGCUGCGGCGAAGAAAGCCGCUGAUAAAGCUGCUGCUGACGACGGCCCGAAGAGCGCGGAGGUGUUAGCAUGGGAGCAGAAAGUCGCCGCCCAGGGUCAUGUUGUUCGUGAGCUAAAGUCUAAACCCAAGACUUCUGAGGGUGAUAAGGAGGUUGCGGCGGCCGUCGACGAACUGAAGAAAUUGAAGCUUGAGCUGUCGGAGCUCCAGAAGGCGCAGCAGUAAGUCGAUAUCUCUUAGAAGAAAUACGCCUGCUGUACCAGUAGAUGCUUCUUAGUGUAGAAUAGUGUUUCUUAGAUCCAAUUACUGUCAUAAU